AUGGAUUUCAGCUGGCUCUUCCAUCCCCAGACAGCAAUCUCUGAUGGCAUGCCAUUUGAUUCCUUUCUGCAGCAAGAUGGGCACCACCGGCAGGAGCAGCAUCAUGUCGAUCUUGAUCACCCAUUUGAAGCUGAAUUCACCACUGUUCAUGAACCUGCACUUGCAGGUGGAUCUGUGCAUCCUUUCACAACACUCUAUGACAUUGAUCAUGAGCUGUGCAGAAGAGGGAUUAAUAGGAAGGGUCGCACCGAUGGCGAGGCUUCGUCGAUCUUCCUGUUGAUGCCCAAAGCUGAGGCUUCUUCUCAUCUUGUAAGAGAUGUUCAUGCUGGAGCAUAUGACGAUGCGUGUGGGAUGAAUGGUAAGCUGGUUUCAAGAAGCAAGGCGUCGCGCAAAGCCAGCAAGAAGGCUGAUGCUGUCAAAGGCCACUGGACACUGAAAGAAGACAGGAAGUUGGUGAAGUUAGUGGAACAGUUUGGACUGAAGAAGUGGUCUCAGAUAAGUGGAAUGCUGCCUGGAAGAGUAGGAAAGCAAUGCAGAGAAAGAUGGUUUAACCAUUUGAGGCCCAACAUCAAGAAAGACACUUGGAGCGAGGAGGAAGACAUGGUUCUGAUAGAAAUACACAAGGAAGUUGGCAACAGAUGGGCAGAGAUAGCCAAACGCCUACAUGGGAGAACUGAAAACUCCAUCAAGAACCACUGGAAUGCAACAAAGAGAAGGCAAUUUGCGCGAAGGCGCAACCGAUCCACCUCCAAAUCAGGAACAGCUCUGCAAGACUACAUCAAGAGCCUUGACAUUGACACAUUGUCUCCACAAGAAUCACUGAUGAACAAUGAGAGGUCAGGAUCCAAUCCAUCUGACAUGAUGAUCACUACUCAAGGGACACUCUUCUUGGAUGAGUAUAACUGCAGCCACAGUCACACUUCUGAAGAGCAUAUAGUUCCUAGCUGUGAUGGUUUUCCAGCUGAUUUGUGGAGGGGUUUAUUUGACAGAAAAGAGGAGGAAGAAACACAGUACUUGCUUUAUGACAUGGACAGCCAUGUUGACAUGAACUGUAUUUUCAGCCAUAGCGAUUAUGGCAGUAACAUUGAGCCUGGAUUAACAUCACUGGUGACACCAGAAGAAGGUUUCAGCAGAAAGCAGGGCUAUGCAUUUCCAGAUGGAUUAGUUCAGAAUUGA